AUGGGCGACCGCCGCCACAGCAGCUCUGCCUAUCUUUACAUUCAGCAUCCUCUGCCCAUCCACUCGGUCGACCGUCAGACCAAACAGCGCGCCUCCCUCGUCGAGCAGCCGCCCGCCGGCCUGAAUCUGUGGACGCCGCCCUACUCGCCAUUUGUGCACUCACCUGCACACGCUCUGCACGCCCCGCCCUAUCUGCUGCUGCACCCGUUCCUGCAGCUUGCGCGCAUCGACGAACUGCAGCCCGCCGCCUCGCACACGCCCCUGCCCGCCGUCAUCGUGUCUCCCCACUCCCUGAGCCCGCCACCGCAGCGGGACUCAGCCCGUCUUCUGCCCAAGAAACAGCCCGCAAAGUCGGCACCGGCGCCGAAAGAUACCGCAGAUGGGAAUAAGGAGUCGCAGUGUAGCGUGCAGUCCAGCGCGCCGACGAUGACAUCAAACGGGGCGCCAGCAACAAAUAUGGCCAGCAAACGAGAAGAAGCAGGCGCCGUGGCCCGCGCCCAGCGCCCGUCCAUCGUCUCACACCACUCGAAUUCUGUGCCAUCCACACCCUUACAAGUCGCCCGCCGAUACGACACACACUCACGCUCCCCGUCCCCGAACGGCGGACUGGGCAGCCACUCGCCACGCUCCGUAGCCUCCGAAGCGAACAGCACCAUGCCCACGCUUCGACCCGCGCGCCCUGUCAAGUGCAAGUUUGAGACAAAUGUCGGCUCGCUUGGGAGGAGACGCAUGCCCUACCACUCUUCUGACAUUCUAGAAAAGGCAAAGGACGAGCCCAAGAAGACGUUGGAUCCCCACGAGGACGACAAGCUUAGCGGCGAUAUGCGUGAGCUGUACGAUCGGAUACAGCCGACCCAGGAGAACACCGCCGUCCGGAACAAAUUUGUGGCCAAGGUGCAGCGCAUACUGGAGACGGAGUUUCCCGGCAACGAGUUCAAGGUCUCAAUCUUUGGAUCCUCUGGCAACAUGCUGUGGACAGCAGAGAGCGACGUUGACAUAUGCAUCCAGACGCCGAUGAAACGGUUGGAGGAGAUGCACAUGCUCGCCGAGGCUCUCGACAAGCACGGUAUGGAGCGUGUGGUAUGCAUACCGGCAGCCAAGGUCCGGAUCGUAAAAGUCUGGGAUCCUGAGCUGCAGCUUUCGUGUGAUAUGAACGUCAACAACGUCGCGGCGCUCGAGAAUACUCGCAUGAUCAACCUCUACGUCCAGAUUGAUGAUCGCGUUCGGCCACUCGCCAUGAUCGUCAAGCAUUGGACCAAGAGGCGUAUUUUGAAUGACGCUGGUAGUUUUGCGGACGAUCUUGAGGCCUUGCGAGGUUUCGGCAAAAGCAAUGCUGAGAGUCUCGGACAAUUGCUGUUUCAUUUCUUCCGGCUUUAUGGUCACGAGGUCGAUUACGAGAAGAUUGUGGUAUCCGUACGCCAGGGUUGUCGCAUACAAAGAGAAGAGAAGAACUGGCACCCUGGAGGUGGACAAAAGGAAGGCGUAAAUCGCCUUUGUGUUGAAGAGCCUUUCAGUACUGACCGAAAUCUGGGCAAUUCCGCGGACGAUUAUGCUUGGCGUGGAAUUCAUCUGGAGAUACGACGUGCUUUCGAUCUGCUUGCAGACAGUCAACAGCUAGAAAAGGCAUGUGAGCAGUAUGAAUUUCCCGCCCAGGAGCAGUCGAGCUCCAUCUUCAAGAAACCACAAUCGCAGAAGGCAACCAUCACCUCCAGCGUCCCGACGCGAAAUGGACGUGGGGGAUCAAAUCACCGUGGAGGCAGAGGUGGUUUCAAUUCAAGGAACCAGAAUAACAAUGGCAGACGAUCAUCCGGCAGCAAUUCCUAUCUACAAGGUCGGCCACCGUUCUUGCAUAGCCCGCCCAUCUCCGCUGGACCUGGACAAGAAUACUUUGCGUUCUCUAGGGGCCCAGAAUCGUGGCUCAAGCAACGUAUCAAGUUCGCCGCAGAAGACGCACCUCUUCUGAACACUGCUUUGCGACGAGUAUCGCGGUCGCCGUCACCUCUUGGUGGUCACAUGAGGAGCUACUCAACUGGAGUUCAUGAUCCCAACGUGGCAGUCAAUGACCAGCGUAAAGCUCGUGUGGACUCCGUUCGACCGCCCGUUGAUAGCGGGCCAGUGAUCGUGAAUGGCUCAUUCCCAACUCCUCCGCGGGAACCUCGUAUUAGGAGUGACACAAUUGAAUCACUCCCGCCGGAUCUAUCGAAGACCAAUGGACUGGGCAUUUUCUCGAACCAGCAAGCUAUGCAUCAGAUCAAUGAGAUUCAGGCACGCCAGCAGAUGGUUCUGGAAGAGAUGCAACGCCACAAGAUUGCUGCAGCAGAUUCGAUGGGUCCACCUAUAGUCAACGGUUCAACAAGAAGCAGCCCUUCUGCCGAAUCAAACGGAUUGACACGUGUGCCGAGCGAGGGUCAACAGUCUUUCCCUCCGCUACCAGAAGGAUGGAUGGCCUAUGAAGCGAGCAAUGGCCAGAAGAAUAGCCACAACGAGGAGAUCUCUCCCAAGCGUACUCUCCCUCCACAAUGGCGUACUCCUGCUUAUACCAACGGACUCCCAUCUCUAGACACUUCGAACCCAGCCCGGAUGCCUCCUCAGGAAGUCAAGUCGGCCACAUUGCCGCUGCUAUCCCCUGUCUUCGAAACGCGCACUCCUUCACCGUCAGCAAGUCGGCCAAACGAUGCUGGGAAGCUCAUUAACGGUGUGAAAGCACAAGCUAAAGACACCAGUCAGCAGAACCGUCGCGCAUCUCAUACGCCGCCAUCAAAUGCUAGCAAAGAAAACCGCAACGGACAACAGAAGGGCAAGGCCCAACAACAAGGAACCGAGAAUGGCAGCAAGUCCGCUGGAACAAACCACAAUGGCUCAUGGCAGCAGCAGCCGAUCCGCAACGCUCGCAACAGCAAAAAGAACAAAAAGAAGUCAGCUGAGCAGAAGAAUACCGGCGAGCCUCUUCCUGCAAAUGCUGCGGAUCGCAAGGGUGGAUAG